AUGCAGACCUCAUCGGCAAGUCCCAGUCUCCCGCCUUGGCCGCCAGGCCUGCUGCGCACCGGACGAUCUGAUGGCUGGGUGGGGGCCGUGGAGACACUGACGAGUGCCGAGAGCCAUUCGGGACUCUUCCGGCAGCUCCGGGAGCUCCGCGGGGAGCUGCGAAAGGCCCGGGGCCGCAGCGUGGGAAACCAGGGCCCGGGCACAGCAAACUGGGAUCAGCUUCGACAGUGGGUCGAGGCACAGCUGGCUCUGCCAGCCAGUGAAGGAGGUCGUCAGAAGCUCUUUCCCGAGCUCGACCUCCUCGUGUCCACGCGCGCUUGCGUGGGCCCGCAAAUGGAGCUGCCAUGGUUCCUCCUCGGUGGGCGUGCAGAAGAUGCUGGUGUUGAGCUGGCGUCACGGAGUGGAGCCUUGUGCGGGCCUGGCCUACCGGUGGCCGGAGAGCUGGUCUCCCGUCCCGGCCGGCGAGCUACGGUGCCCAGCGGUGGCAUCGACCAGGAGCCUCCGGGGCUCCAUCGGUUGGAGGCGUACGGCCUCGAGCUCAUGGCACCCUGCCGUGUGCAAAAUGCAUCUGCCGAUGGCAGAUGCUUCUGUGGAGCGGAGCCGUGCAGCACGUGGACAGACUUCGGGCGGCAGUGCUGCCGCGAAGAUGACGGCAUCGUGCAGUGGCCCCAGCGAGCCUUUGCACAAGCCAUCAUCAUCAUCGCCACCAUCCUGCAUCAUCAUUCUUAUCGUCAUCCUGACAAGAACGACAACGAGGUAGCGCCACUCUUUAACUUCAAAUUGUACUGCUGA